AUGGUGAUCAGCAAUAAUUUGACCCAUCUGCCAACGGAUAAUCAUAAUCUUUCUAUAACAUCAUGUAGAUCUUCAACCUAUAAGAUCUACCUUGAUUACAUUCGAGGUUUACCUAUCAAUGAUUCACCUGAAAUAUUCGGAUUACAUGAAAACGCUAACAUAACAUUUGCCCAAAACGAAACAUUCGCUCUCCUGGGCUACUUAUUAUUGCUACAACCAAAAAGUUCAACUACUUCUGGAAGUGGGAAACAACGUGAAGAGAUUGUUGAAGAGAUAAGUCGUUCACUUUUAACUACAUGUCCGCGACCGUUUGAUCUACCUAAUGUAGUCCACAAAUAUCCAGUUAUGUACGAACAGUCUAUGAAUACAGUGUUAACACAAGAGGUCAUCAGAUACAAUAAUUUGCUAUCAACCAUAGAAAGAACACUGAAUGAUCUGUUGAAAGCACUUAAAGGUUUUGUAGUAAUGUCAGCCAACUUAGAAGAUAUGGCUAGAUCAUUAUUCGACAAUCGUGUACCAAUUAUGUGGGCAAAUAAAGCCUAUCCAAGUUUGAAACCACUAGCUAGUUGGAUUGAAGACUUAGUAAUACGAGUUAAAUUUAUACGAGAAUGGAUUGACAUUGGUGUGCCCAGUGUAUUCUGGAUAAGUGGAUUCUUUUUUCCGCAAGCUUUUCUAACUGGCACAUUACAGAACUAUGCAAGAAAAAAGACAAUAUCAGUAGAUACCAUCUCAUUCGAUUUUAAAGUCAUGAAGGAGGCUAUCAAGAGUUGAAUGAAUCACCCACAGAUGGAAGCUACAUUCGUGGUCUAUUUUUAGAAGGUGCUGGAUGGGAUCCUAAAAGCCAUAUACUUUGUGAAUCUAAACCAAAAGAACUGUUUGUCAAUAUGCCAGUUAUUUGGCUUAUACCAACAGCUAAUCGUAAACCUCCAAGUCAGGGGAUUUACGAAUGUCCAGUUUACAAAACUCUUACUCGUGCUGGUACUCUGUCUACUACUGGUCAUUCAACUAAUUUUGUAUUUUCAGUCGAAGUUCCGACUGAUCAACAACAAAAACACUGGGUUCAACGAGGUGUAGCCUUAUUAUGCGCUCUGAAUUACUAAAGCUACACACACACACAUAUAUAUAUACACAUACACACGAGCAACCCGAUCAACAUGUCCCACACAUAUGGUUAAUACGUGUUCCGUAAAUAUCCCUUUCUAGCAAUCAUUAUGUUACUAUCAAGGGAUGUAUAGACAAAAAAUGUUUCAUCUAUCGUAACCUAUGGAGAAGUUGAAUAUGUUUGAAUGCCUAUAAAUAUACACGCAGGAGUGCAUAGAUGCAAAUGCAACACAUUAGGAAUUUAAUAUAGUAACUUAUUCCAUAUAAUAACAUUCAAGAAUAAAUUUCAAAAACCUAAUGAGAAAUGUUAGUUAAUGUGGAACAAAACUGUCUAAAGAAGCAAAUAUGCAAUGAAUUCAAAUUUAAGCAUAAUUUGUAGAUAAUUCUUAAAAAACAACACGUAUAUGUAACAAAUAAAAGUCCGG